UUGAGCCGUCCCUGUUUGAUUUAAUAUAAAUCUGUCUUAGAUUUGAAUGUAUACUCAUGUGAAAUAUUUUGAGUGUCAUUUUAUAAAGGUUGAUUUAACAGGCUUAUCAUGAACUUGUGUGGAUGAUUGGUUGGGUAAUACUCAAUGUCGUGCUUUUGCUGUUGGAACUUAGAAGGCAGUUUGCAUGUUACCAUAACAAGUGCUUCAAUGUGUGACAUUACUAACUAUAUCAUUGGGAUCUAACAUAGAAUUUUCAAUAGCCAGUACAGAUACCUCGAGAUCGAUGUGAUAUAAUGGCAAUAUUUUAUAUAAAGAAUAACGCAUAGCCAGCUGGCUGUGAUCGCAGAAUAAACCUUGACAGGGUGAUCAGGUUUUGUUUUACCCUCAAGGGGUUUAUUUUGAGGAGUUAACUGUCUAGUUUUACAUUAUCUUGCUUAUGCGUGAUGAAAUAUCAUUCAUUUUAAAUAUUUUAUUAGCUUAUUUCUAACAAAUGCAAACCUUCUGCGAGGAGAAAACGUUUUCUAGCGGCUUUAGGGAAGGACCCCGAAGUUCAAACAAGACGAAAUUGCAAUUUGGUUUAAUCCUUUUUAAAUAUAGGCCCGGUUUCACAGACAGGGUUUAACUUGAGUCAGGACUAACUCUUAGUUAAAUUAUGAUAUUUAAGUUACUUUUAUAAAAAUGCCUUCGUAAAAAACAUUACGGAUGUGCCUCUUGAGACGAAACAAUGGCACUGACAUAUAUGAAGAUGUUUUAGGGCAAGAUUUUCAUUCAAAAUUUCAUUUUAGUCUAGGACUAGCUUUAAGCCUUGUCAGUUAAACCGGGCAAUAAUGAAAUAUAAUUUGUAAAUAUAAAAAAGUGAAUUAUUUGUAAAUGUUGAACUGUACCCGUCAAGAUUACUUGCAGUGUCCGGAUAAGUGUGUUAUCAGUUUUGCUGUUGUUAUCUGGGAAUAACAUACUUCAGAAUGUUGCAUCUGACCAAUCAGAAUUAAGAAUUUCAGAGAGCUGUUAAAUAGAUAUAUUUAUAAGGUAUUUGUAAUACAAUAAUGCAUUUUGAUAAAUGCAAAUAAGUUGUGCAUGAAAAAACUAACACUUAUUUUACACAAAUAUACUGGAAAACAAAAUAUGCAUAAUCAAUUGAAAAAGCUUGUAUUUUUUCAGACCUCAAAUACUGCAAAGAAAACAAGUUCAUAUUCAUUUUUAAGCAACACAACAGUCAUAUUUCUACAUGUAUUUAGGAAAAGUUCAAGAAAUAUUUUUAUGUGAUAACCUGGAUUUGAUCACAUUGCUGUUGGGUGACUUUGUGUCACUCCUGAGGUUUGAUUUUAUUGAAACACAAACAAUGGACUGGAAUGGCCACAAUACACCUAGAAAUGCUGAUUUGAUAUGAAAAUUUGGAAUGGUCUCUUCAUUUUUUCCGCGGCUGUAUACUGUGUAUCCCUGCUGAAACUUUGUUGGAAUUGAAGGAUGCAGUACAUGCUUCCAGUGGAUGACCCACAUUACCUCUGUCACAUCCACUCACGCUCAUAUUCAUAUUGCCUUAUCCACAUAUGCCGUCGGCGACUGUAUGAGUCACGCUGUCCUCAAACUGACAGAGGAGAGGAAUACAAAUGGGCAGAGAGAUGUUGUGCGUGUUUAGGUGUGAGGCAGCGACGAUGAGCUCGGAGAAGCGACGCUGAGAUCUGCAAGCGUGGAAGCUUGUGGAUUAAGCCAUUGAAUGCUCCUACAGUGGGUGGGAGGGGGGCGAGAGCGAUUUCUGGGCAUUGUGAUGGAGAGAGAGAUGGGGGCUUAUUCUGUCAUGUGCUGUUAGAGACAACAGAAAGUGUGAGAAAAAGAGAUGCAGGAGAAAAAGGACCCUCAGCCCAAAUCUGCCAGCAGCCUGGGAAAGGCUCAUCCUGCCCUGAAGGCCUUCAUGUGCGGCUCUCUCAGCGGCACCUGCUCCACUCUGCUGUUCCAGCCUCUGGAUCUGGUGAAGACAAGACUUCAGACCCUCCAGAACAACAUGCACCCGGGGGCUCCUAAAGUCAGGAUGAUUACAGUAUUUUUUAACGUGAUCCGCACAGAGAAGCUGCUCGGCCUGUGGAAGGGGGUUUCACCGUCGUUUAUGCGCUGUAUUCCUGGCGUGGGGAUCUACUUCAGCACAUUUUACUCGCUGAAGCAGCAUUUCUUCCUGGACGGGUCUCCAAACGCAGGGGAGGCGGUGUUGCUAGGGGCGGGGGCUCGAUGCGUGGCAGGUGUGGCCAUGCUGCCCAUCACAGUCAUUAAAACUCGUUUUGAGAGUGGGCGAUACAACUACGCAAGUGUAGCUGGAGCUCUCAAAAGUGUGUGUCAGAAAGAGGGUCCGAGGGCUUUGUAUUCUGGGCUCACGGCGACCCUGCUCAGAGACGCCCCAUUCUCUGGGAUAUAUGUCAUGUUCUACAGUCAGGCCAAAAAAGCCAUACCACAGAAGGUCAGCUCGUCAUCUUUUGUCCCCCUGGUUAAUUUCGGCUGUGGUGUGGUUGCUGGUAUUUUGGCCUCUCUGGCCACUCAGCCAGCAGACGUGAUAAAAACUCACAUGCAAGUGAGCCCGGCACUGUAUCCCAGGACCAGCGAUGCUGUACGCUUCGUUUAUGCUGAGCAUGGCUUGAGUGGGUUUUUUCAAGGAGCGGUUCCUCGUUCUGUGAGGAGAACCCUCAUGGCUGCGAUGGCCUGGACGGUGUAUGAGCAGCUGAUGGCUCGCAUGGGCCUGAAGUCUUAAAGAUGCCUGGCAGAUACGCUUUAUCUGUGGACUUUCGUACCGUGUGUGAUAGUUACAGAGUGUGUUUGACCUGUGCAGACGAUGACAGACCGAUUUAAUAAAACGAAAGCAGCUAGCGCCGGCUAAGCUAUAGAUGGCGGGAGGGUCUCGUGUACGUGUGUGAUUGUCCGUUUAUGUUUGUAUUUUUUAAGUGAGUUAUCUUGUGAGACCUCUGACAGUGACAUACCUAAAUCGCAGCAGAGUGGGUUUGUCAGCCUUAGACUGUUGACGUCUGCAUAUUCAGACAGAAGUCUGCACUGAAACGUACCAAUGAGAGACCGAGCGGCUCACAGCAAACACAAGAAAAUCCUCCUUUUGGCAACCGACCAAUGAACUCUCAGUGGCCAUUUUGCCAACAAAGAUUUUCUGGGCUCCGGUGUUCUGAGAUCGCUCUUAAGCCCAGUCUCCUCAGUUAAAAAUCCUAGUCUAGGAGGAGACUUGAUGGUUUUAUAAAGCUGCAGCGCUCAGACAAUCAGACUGACUUACCCCAGGGCUGAGAAACUGAACUAAAACCACACGACUCACUCACAGACCCCAAUACUGACUGAUAUUUGUGCGUCUCAAUGCGAUGAUUUGUGCCGUGCUGCUGAUGUUAGGAGAGACUGCAGGGAUUCAUCUGUAGGCUAUAUUUACAACAAUGAAAAUGAACAUUGAAACUGGAAAUUGCCUGAAAUGAACAAGAGUUUCCUGGGUACAGAGGGCAUUGAUUGAACAGGAAUUUACUUUAAAAAAAUGCUAUAGUUGCGGGGAGAAGGUGAAGUAUGUUUACACGUAUCAGUCAGACAAUACUACAAUUUUAUUUGACUCUAUUUGCCAGUGUGCUGUCAGUCCGUUUUUGAUUGACGUUGUUUUGUGUAAAACCUGCUGUAAGACACCAUCAUGUCAUCAGUGGUGGUCAGUGUCAACAUGACAGUGUAGUGUGCUGUUGUCUCAUGAUACCUGAAAAAUAUGUCCAAAGUCAUAUUCAACCCUAAAAUAGAAAAUGCCUGAAUUGAAGAACGUUCAGAUUUUGGCAUUGUGACAUAAAAAGACUUUAUCAUAGUCUUUAUUUAGCAAACAUCUGAACGCAUCAUUCUAACAAUUUGGAGAGAAAUUGUUUUAAAUGUUCAUAUAACAUUGCAAGGAAUCCUACCGGUCGUUCAAUAUGAGUUGUCUUCAUGCAGAUGUAUGAUUCCUUUUAUUCGGAUUUGAUUUUGAAAUGUGACAUGAACGUGUUUUAAUGAAAUUCACCUUUGGGGUUCAUCAGGUUUUUCAACGUUUCGUCUUUGUGAUGGCACUUUGCCUACUAACACUUUCACACAUUUGUGCUUGAAGUGUGACUUCACAUUAACAAUGCACAAAUAAAUUUGGAGGGUUCCUAUCCUACAUAUGUUAUGUUAAGUGUAAGGUUGACCUGAAGUCAUGAAACUGUCAUGAGCUAAAUUCAGUGUUUUAAUUCGAUUAUUUUUUUUAAUCCUGUGAUUAACUCAAUUGUCUAUCCUGACACUACAGGCUUAACCAUUGCAAAAUAAAAUUGUUUAAUGUCCAUGAUGUUAAGAUACAUUUGGAUCACACUACAUGGAUCUCCACAUCAUAGUUUGUGAAAGCACUUUAAAUUCUGUGAAGUUAACUUCAUUGGAACUGAAGCUAAUUGGUAUGUGUGUGAGUGUUGGUGAAACUGUAUGUAAGCCAUUGUGCUUUGUGCUGUACUGGGAAGAUAUUUUGCCUUCACACAGUCAUUAUUUUAUCUUCAGCAUUUCAUUUUGCCAUUAUUGUUGAUAUUUGGUUUGUGUUGAAAUGCACAUGCAAAUGUUGUGCUUAUGUUAAUAUACGAAUACAAUUGUCCCAUUUUAUAAAUAAAUGUUAUAAGGUUUAAUGCAGACGGUUUUUGUUAUCGAGUAAAUAUGCACCAUGUUCUUGUGCUUUUGCCACAGAGUCACGUGUUUGUGUACAUUUCUUUAGAAGUAUAUACUUUAACCAAGCUUUACACAUUUAUUAAAUAGGCUAGCCUGAGGACUCAAAUCCUCCAAAGCAAGUGGCCACAAAAUAUUUUUUGCUCCAACUGGAUGCUGCUGAUGGCAGGAAAAAUUCUGGUAUGUAUUGUAUUUUUCAUGAUUGUACAGCACUUUGGUAUAACAAUUGUUGUUUCACAUUUCCACUGUAAGAUGAAUGUAGUUCGAGCAUUGAACUUUAUCUACUGUGCUCACAAAAGUAUUUUUCUCUUGCAUUCAUCUCCACAGACAUCAAUUAA